AUGCAGUUCCUUAUGCUGAAGUACAGAUACAGAUCUUUUGUUCUUGAAAAAAACUGGAACAACGUGACUUGGCUUGAAUGGCUGAAGAAAUUCAUUUUUGGUUUAGUUGAGUGGACUCAGGCACUUUCUUCACUUCCUUCAAUUACUUUCACUGAUGUUGAGAAGUACGCAAAACGACAAUCUGGUUGUCAAAAUACUGAAAAGGCAUACAAGUUUUUUGCUGAGCCUGGCUACCUACAUGACAUCCAUCUGAACUAUAAUGAAAACACAGCUACAAUUAAAGCAAGGUGUUACCGAUCCAUGAAGAAAAAUGAGGCCCAGCAUUAUUUAAAUGUAUUUAUUUUUUUAAAAACCAAUGCAAUAUCAGCCAAAUGCUCAUAUGUUGCUGGGCUGAGUGGAUACUGUCAUCAUAUAAUUGGUAUUUUGUUUUACCUGGCGCAUUGCAAGCAGCUUGGUUUAUCAGCACUUCCUGAUGAGCUCACUUGCACUAGCAUGAAGCAAAGAUGGAGCAUACCAAGAGGUAAGAAGAUUGCCCAAAAUGAAAUCCAAGAUGUAAUGGUGAAAAAACCACAAAUUGGUGCAGAUUACAGUAGAUUCAUCAAAAGCAACUUGUAUUCACCAGCACAAUACUAUGACAUCUUAACUAAAGAACAAUUCCUUGGACUUGAUCCUGAGCCACUUGUGGCUACCCUUCUGCCAAGCAAUAGCCAGAUUCCUCAGAUACCAACAGCAGCUUGCAAGUUUGGAAAUGUACCUAAAGGAAGUCUCUUGUCUUACCAACAGAGUUAUUCUGUGGAAUAUGUUAUUAAUGAUUAUACAUGUACUGCCUACCCAGACCUUCCUUUAGAAACAUCAGGAGACAGGUUUGAGAACAAUUUUUCUCUUUGCCUUGAUAAGAACAAGCAAGCAUUGCUGGAUUCCCUUGAUGUAAUAGAGGAAACGGUGAGGGACAUUCAUGAAAAAACGGUUUCUCAAGCCACAAGUGCUGUAUGGCAUCUUUUAAGGAAAAAAAGAAUUACAGCCAGUAAAUUUGGACUUGUUGCAAAAAGAAUUGGCAAUUUUGAGAUGCUUGUUAAACAACUAAGCUCAGGUAAAUAUGUUCAAACUGCUGCUAUGAAGAGAGGCAUUGACUUAGAACCACGAGCAGCUACCAUUUAUGCCCAGAACCUAAGGCAAAACACAGUUAACUUGUUUCCGUCAGGGCUGAUUAUAAAUACCAAGUCUCCUUGGCUUGGGUGCAGCCCUGAUCGCAAAGUGUAUGACUUAUCAGCUGUGAAUUCUGGUCAGAAUCCUUUUGGUCUUCUUGAGAUAAAGGUGGUAAAAGAGGGAGAAACAAAUUUUUGCAACGUUGGUUAUCUUGAACUUAACCCAGUCACUGGAGCAUACAGUCUGAAAAGAAACCAUAUUUACUUCUACCAAGUUCAGUGUCAACUUGGCCUCACUGGGCUUCAAUGGUGUGAUUUCUUUAGCUACAUCAAUGACAGCUUGUUUAUUUGUGACCGAAUAAUUUUUGAUAAAGAAUUCUUUCAAGAAGCAAAAGACAAAGUAGAUAUAUUUUUUUCACUUAUUUUUUGUAACAACUAUUCAGUGUUUAAGUCAUGA